GAAUAUCGUACUUCUGUCGAGGACUGGGCGGUGAUACUCGUGGUGCUAGGACUGACAGUAGAGUUUUCGAUACCGGUCGGCGUAACGCGCAAUUUCGCGUGGCUUAAUAUUAAAAACUUGGAUUUUACGAUAUAAUCAUUUUUAGAAAGGUUCAGCUGAAAGUCACUCCAAGGAAAGAAAAUUACCUUUCAUAUAUAUAUGUUUUGCUUUUCAACAUUACUAAAAAAUGUCAUUGUGGUCAGUCUCAGGAAUGAACAUUAGGAACCAGGCUGUUGGACAAGUGUAUCAUUUACCCGAAAGUCCUCCUGACCAAGACUUUUAUCCAAUUAGUCCUGCUACAUCUUCUAAGUGGUCAACAACUUCCAAUGGAUUUCCAUCAUAUGACAAGCUCAACAAGCCAGGUUAGCAUAGACAUACAGCUAUUAAAGAGUUCCUCGGAGUCUGAUAUCGAUUUGGAAAAAUUUGUACUGUUUGAGGAUUUGGCCCAUUUCGAUGCUGUUGUUAAAAAAAAUCAAUUUCCUUGUCGUCACAAAGUAAAAGUUGAACAGGUCGCUAAAACAGAAAGUCUGGACUUAUCUUCCAAGGUUACAGAUAGUUCAUUGCAUGUCUUGUAUAAGAUGUCUGGAUCACUCGAAAACUCAACACCUAAACGUUACACAUUGCCGUCUGGCGAUUGUUAUGAAGUGAACACUGAAGAUAGCACUUUUACUUCCAUGGGUCAUUGCGGACAAGAAAGCUCCUUGCUGACCACAGUAGAAAACACAAAAGACACGACCACAACAGAAACUAGCUCAAUGGGCAUCUUUUCUAGCGCCAUGCAUGACUGUUGGGACAGCAAUGAAAGAUUCCAAGACCUUUCCAGCGUAAUGGAUCAGGAUGGAUUUUCUUUCAGCUACAAAUCUGUUGAUUCAUCGGAAUCAUUUAAUAAUAACACUGAACAAUCUGACGUCUUUGAUCCAGCUUAUGAAGCGCCCUCUACUUCCCAUACCCCUCUUUCUGUUACUGCUUUGAAGUCGACUCAACUGAAUAGCGUGAAACGAGGAAGUAAGUGGAAUACAUUGAUUGAAGAAAUUCCAACCGGAAGUAAAAUUAAGGUUCCGAGACUCUCUGACAGUGAAAGUAAGAUUUUCUCGGAAGACAGGUAUCAAGAAAUGAGGAGAAAAAAUAAUAUGGCUUCUCGCCGGUCUAGAAUGACCAGAAAAGAAAAAGAAAAGGAAAUGGAAGAACAAUCAAGACAUCUUGAACAAGAAAAUGAUACUUUGAGGGUGAAAAUAAAAAAACUGGAGGAGGUAAUUGAGGAGCUCAAAAAGCAUCUAAUUAGCGUCAUUGUGGAAAAAAAAUGACACGUGUUGUUUUGGGGAAAGACUAAAUAGUUUUUACCUUAUUGUUUCGGGUACUGGGAAAUGUUAGUUUUUGAUAGAUUUCUAACUGGCCAAGGGCGUUCUCUGUUCAUGUACGGUGAUAUCUCGUCGAACCAGUACCAAUUAAUGUACAUUUUUUAUGUUUUAGUCCAGAUCUAAGUGUGUUAUAAAGAUAUGUCUAGAAUACAUAGUCAAGGAAAGUUUUAUUUUUGCUUAUACGAUUUAGUAAGUUUCUUGGUGUUACAUCAUCGAAUAAUGCUUAACAAUGAAACUUAAUAAAUGAAUAAUUUCCCUUUGUAAGAUAUUCGCAACAAGAUAUUGGCGAGACUUACUAUAAAAUAUAUUGGAUUUUAUAAGAUAUUCAAACAAUAGUAUUUAGAGAAUUUAUAUGCUGUUAACUGAAAGAUUUGUUAUCUCAAAUUUUAAAAAUUAAAUAGUGUUUUUAAAUUAUUCAAAAUCCCGCGUUAAAGUCAUGUUUUUAUUGUUGUUACAUUCUUCUAAUUGUGCUCACAUUAAGGUUUGCUGGGUAAGAGUUCCAUAUGGCACCCCCACUCAAUUUAAAAAAAAUUCACCAA